ACAGCGGGUUGUUUGAUCCAGAUAAUUGAAUUCCAGAAAGGUUAUUACCACCAUGUCCUCCCGUCCUGGUCCUACCGGUACUGGUACCUGUACUGGCAUCCUGGAAGGUCUCUCCGAAGAUCUUCUGUUGAAGAUCUUUGGGCACCUGAAUGUUCUGGAUCUUCGUGUGGCUGCCUGUGUGUGUCAGCACUGGAACUCUGUCAUCAAGCCGUUGGAUUUGGGGUUGCUGGUGGUAACUGUCUCGGGUUCCAACGAAUUGGCCUUGCUAUCUUCCUCCUCCUCCUCCUCCAGCAAUACUACUAGUAAUUCCGCUAGCAGUAGCAGUGCUGUCAUCCAACGGUUUGCGGCUUCUCCCAACCACCGAAAGAGGAAACGUUUCUACCAUACCCGUCAAGCGGCCGGCCCUACUGCCUACCAAUGGCCCACCUGCUUGGCCGUGGGACCUCAAAAACAACUCUACCUCAGUCAAUACAAAGUCCAGGGAGUCUUGGAGUUUCGUCCUUGCCGCAAAGGAUACCAAUAUAGAAGAACCUUGGCGAGUGGACGAAACUUGGCAUCCCCAGAAGGCUUGGUAGUUGCCUACAACAGUCUCUAUGUGGUGUCAGUUCAGAAUGCCACUAUUUCACGGCUCUCACUCAAAACGGGAGCACUCCUAGAACGGGCAGGACCCGCGCAGGGAAUGAACGAUUUUUGGACACUCUGGGGCAUGACCAUCAGUCCUUGUCAGAGAUACUUGCUCAUUGCAGGACAUGUCAGUGAUGAGGGAGAUUACCGACAACCAACCGACACUCCUACAGGAGCUAUUUUAUGUCUCGAUCUUGAUCCCACAAAUGGAUCCUUUCAAAGGAACCCGCAACAUCAUGGUACUAUUAUGGGCUAUUAUGCCAUCCCAGCACCCCCGUCUCUUGCACUGAAUCGACCCUCGGAUCCGCAGUACUGCCGACAUGGGAUUCUCCAUGUAUCCACAUUUGCUCCCAAUGCUAGUGGGGGAAGGAGGAUUCAAAAAUUCUCCUUGCCCAAACAACAAAUAAACAAUCACGAGGAGGAACUAAUUCGCCACUGGGGAUGGCUACAAGAAGCCGACCACUUCCAUCCCUGGGGGAUUGCAUUUUCCAACAAGACGGAUCAAGUCUUCCUUACGUCUACCAAUCAUGGCUCCACAAGUAAUGUCAAUGGUGGCCAAGUCUUGCAAUUGCCAACAUGCGGUUGUCACCAUCUAGAUCUUGCCAGCAAUUUUAUGCCACCACGUGCAAUAUCCUGUGGUAACUUGACGGCACUGGUGAAUGGUCAGCAUGCUGUAUUGAAUCAACCCAACUAUGUUCUUUCCAUUGAUUGAUUAGCUGGGAAGUACCGUACCGUAUGGUAGACACCAGCCAAUGACCCGAGGAAGCUAUCAUAGCUCGAUUCGUAGAAGUUUGGACAGGCGGCCCGACAGUUCAUGUAUGAACUCGCAUCAGUCGUUGUACAGCAAUCUACGAGCUACGACUGUACGUGCUAUAGGGGAGCGGAAAAUGUGUUUUCAAUACGAUUUUUAAAAAAAACCACAGCUCCCGACGAUUCGAUUCCAAUCAUCGAAAGAGCUGCUGGACUGCUGUUGCUGCGCUGGCAAGGUAAUAUCUUCCCAGUUCCCAUCCAGGUAACUUACACUAUGGUAGCUCCUGUAAGGUAAACUGCUACUUUAAGCACCAGUCCCAGGUCCCAGACAACAUACAUAACUUAUUAGCG